AUGUUGGAAUCACCUAUCCAUGAUGUGGUUAUGCCGCCGUCUCUAUUCCUUGCAGAUCGCUCCCCAGAAUACAAAUCAAACGAUGGUAUACAACUGUCUUCCCCAGCAUCUUACGCAUCCAGCUACGUUAUUGGCAGCCCGCGUAGAUUGACAUCCCCGAUAAGAACUAGACGGGAAGCGUUUCUCUUAGUAAACUACCUGCAAGAUCUGUCACCAAGAGUGGGCUAUUGUCCUCCCAAUAACAUCCUCUCUCUAAUAUCCAGUUUCCAGAUUGAUAUCUGCGAUCCUUCGAAGCGCUUUGGUCGUGAAGUGCCAAAGAGGGCUCGCCAACUUCCCCUCCUAGCAUACUCCAUCCUAGCUUUCUCAUCACGCCAUCAGGUCAUGGUCACCGGUAUUGAUGAUGGAAGUAGUGAAGAGUAUCAUAGCCAUGCUUUACGCAUUUUGAUCCCCAUUCUUGACGACCCAAUGUCAUCGUUGGAUGAAAACCUUUUAGCAGCAGCAGUCCUCCUACGGUUAUAUGAGGAGAUGUGUGAUGUUGAUACUGGAACCCAUCUCGUUGGAUGCGCGCGACUCUGGAAUAACAUCCCCGACUUCAUAGCUGAAGGCGGAUUGAGCGAAGCGGCUAGCUGGAUUCUUCUUCGACAGAACCUACACAUCUCUCUGAUAAAAGGCGAGCCCAUGCAAGUAGAUCUGAAUAAGUACAGACGUUCGAGAUCAUUUAUAGACACGACUGAUGAGGAUUUUGCCAAUCGGAUUAUUCUCAUCUGCUGCCAGGUAUUAGAGGCUUGUUUUGGCCCAAGCGCUCAGCCCGACUACGAGACGUGGGCGCAUCUUGGCAAAGAGGUUGCGCUAUGGCACGAUUCAAUACCAGCUCACUAUCAUCCUUAUCACUCUGACAUGGAAGGUACUUCUCCUGGUGCCAGAUCGGCUUUUCCUGUAGUAUGGAUGAUGAAUCCUGCUCAAGUCAUGGGAUAUCAACACUAUUGUUUAUCUCGUAUUCUAUUGCAUAUCUCUGAGCCCAGAUUAUGGAUUUCUAGUUUGAGAACUAUCGAGCAUCGGGUUGCUGCAGAUAAAGCGGCCUUGAAUGACCUCCAUAUCGCUGUCGGUCUUGGCAUCCACAACCCUUCUGUAGUUGGCGCUGGGUUUACUGUGCAUCAUAUGCUUUUCACUUGCGGUUGCUUACUGACUAACCCUGUGGAACAACAGGAAGUGCUUGACUUUGUGGAUAGCUUUGGGAAAACCAUUGGAUGGCCAGUUCAUCGGUUAAUAAGUAAACUAACUGCAACAUGGAAGUAA